AUUUUGAAAAAUACCUUUUUACAAAAAUAUGGUGAUGAUCAGAACGACGUCAGUUGUCGUAGUUUUGUUGGUGAUUCUUGCUGUGGGGAUUUGCCCGGAGAAAUGCAGGGGCGAAGAUUUACAAUCUGGAAAAGAUGGGAGUGGAGCAGCAGUGGAAGAGAAGGAAGCAAAAUAUAAAAAACCAAAAGAGAAAGUAGAAGCAUUUCUUAAGGAAGCGAAAGAGAUCUGGUCCAAAAUGACCUCGGAAGAGAGAGAGCAAGCACUAGCAGCUUUUAAAGAAGGGAAAGUGAAAGAGAUCUGGUCUAAAAUGACUCCAGAAGAGAGAGAGAAAGCACAAACAGCUUUUAAGAAAGGGAAAGUGAAAGAGAUCUGGUCCAAAAUGACCCCGGAAGAGAGAGAGAAAACACUAGAAGCUUUCAAGGAAGGGAAAGUAAAAGAGAUCUGGUCCAAAAUGACCCCGAAAGAGAGAGAGAAAAUACUAGCAACUUUUAAGGGAGGGAAAGAAAAAGAAGGCACUGCCAAGGGGCAAGCCGUGUUAGAGAAAGCGAUAGAGAAAGUAGAAACAGCUCUUAAUGAAGCGAAAGAGAAAUCAAAAGAUAAAGCAGACGCAGUCAUGUUUGAGAAAGUAGAAACAACUAUUAAGGAAGCAAAAGAGAAAGCUAAAGCAAAAGUCACUACACUACCGUAGAAAAGGGAAAGCGUGAAUCAGGGUCAAGCUAAUUGUCUCAACUUUGAGUCUCAAAUAAUGAUUAAUUUGGUGCGCUGCCAAACUUACUGAUUA